AAACUAUGCAUUGUGCGUAUGAGACAAUGUGCCUACACAUUUAAGGUGACUUAGUUUGUUUGUUAUAUAGUGUUGUUGCAGUUUUUGCUGAGCCUAGCCUGUGUAUUCUUCUCAGUUCUCCUUCCAUAAAAAUAUUCCAGACAAAAUGACAUUUAAGAGAGACUUUAAACAACAAAUGGUGCUUGAGUGGGAGAAAGAAUACAUGGACUAUGAAGGCCUCAAAAGAAUAUUGAAAGAGAUCAAAUGCAGCAAGCAAGCUACACACAACAGGUCCUUGCAGCACAGACUGAGGCUUGAAAGAGCAUUCAGUGGAAUACACUUGCAUGGUAGCAAUCAUGAGAGAGAGGGGGAUGUUGAAGAGCAGGUUAUAGAAGUUAAGACAUUAGAACUAGAUGGUUCCAAACAGUUAUAUAAGACUGAGUUUCAGAAGCCCCAUGAAGAAGGGGGAGAGGCUGAGGCAAGACUCUUUCAGAAGCUUGAUGAAGAGCUCAACAAGGUCAAUGCAUUUUACAAGGAUCAGGUGGAGGCAGCUAAGCAUGAAGCAAACCUUUUGAGUAAACAAGUAGAGGCUUUGGUUGCACUAAGGGUAAAGGUGAAAAGUCCUGAUUCAGGACUGAAGCAGAAUAUCUCCUCGCCUGAAGAGACCAAGGAUCAAAAUCAUCAGCAAAAAGAUUCUAUGGUUGGCCUUGAGGUUGAUCAUGUUCAACAGGCCAAUAGAAACACUCAUCAUGAGGAGCAAGGAGAAGCACACAAUAAUUACAACACAAGAGAUCCCCUGGAAAUCCUUGAGCACGUAAAGGUUGACAAUGUUCUUCAAUCUCCAAUAUCAACAAUUAAAAAAGCUUUGGCUGAUUCCAGUGAUAAUGAAUUGAGCCUCAGCAAAAUGUACCUGAGGAAAACAGAAGAGCAACUUAGACUUGUGUUUAUCGAGUUCUAUCAGAAACUCCUCCAUCUCAAAGAUUAUAGUUUUAUGAAUCUCUCAGCAUUUUCCAAGAUCAUGAAGAAGUAUGAAAAGCAUACAUCAAGAACAGCAUCUGCAGCAUACAUGACAGUAGUGGAUAACUCUUAUUUGGGCAAUUCUGAUGAGGUUAAUUUUCUUUUGGAGAAAGUGGAGUCUACCUUCAUCAGAAACUUUACACACUCGAAUCACAAAAAGGGGAGGAAGUUAUUAAGGCAAAAAACAAAAACAGAAAGGCACAGCAUAACAUUUUUUACAGGUUUCCUUUCUGGUUGCUUUGUUGCUCUAUUGGUUGCUACUAUAUUAAGAAUAACAUCUCAACAAGUAAUGAAGAAGCAGAAGGGAACAUUUUAUAUGGAAAACAUUUUCCCACUAUACAGUCUGUUUGGAUAUAUCACUCUACAUAUGCUUAUGUAUGCUGCAAACACAUAUUUUUGGAAGCGUUAUAGGAUCAAUUAUCCAUUCUUAUUUGGCUUCAAGCCUGGAACUGAAUUGGACUAUAGAGAAGUUUUCCUUCUGACAGCAGGUCAUGGAGUGGUAGCGCUACUAUGUUUCUUGAUAAAUUUGCAGCUCGAGAUGAACCCAAGUAAUCGACACUAUAAGACAGCCACUGAACUUGUUCCUCUGACCUUAGUUGUUCUUGUUCUUCUGAUUACCUUUUGCCCUCUGAACAUCAUAUACCACUCAAGUCGUUUCUUCUUUGUCAGAUGCUUAUUUCACUGUUUAUGUGCUCCUCUUUUCAAGGUUAGUCUUCCAGAUUUCUUCUUAGCUAGUCAGCUUACUAGCCAGUUCCAAGCCUUCAGGAGUUUUGAGCUUUACAUAUGCUAUUAUGGCCUUGGAGAACACUCAAUGAGGCAAAAGAAAUGUCACAAUCGUGGUUCCUAUAACGUAAUGUAUUUCAUUGUUGGCAUCAUUCCUUAUUGGUUUCGCCUAGCACAGUGCAUGCGACAAUUCUAUGAUGAGAGAGAUAUCAACCGUGCAUUCAAUGGUUUAAAUUAUCUCUCAACAAUUGUUGCCAUGGUCUUCAGGACUACCUUUGAACUAAAGAAGGGAAAGGGUUGGAAGGUGUUGGCACUUGUAACUUCAGCACUAGCAGUAGUUCAGAACACAUAUUGGGACAUUGUCAAGGACUGGGGGCUCCUAAGAAGGCAUUCAAAGAACCCUUAUUUGAGAGAUAAACUCGUAGUUCCACGCAAAAGUGUCUAUUUCAUAGCCAUGGUCCUGAACGUAGUUCUUAGAAUUUCCUGGAUGCAGUUGGUGUUUGAAAUGGAUUGGAGUCCUCUUCAUAAAGUGGCAAUAAUUACAGUAACUUCCUGCCUUGAAAUUAUUCGCCGUGGCAUUUGGAACUUCUUUAGGUUGGAGAACGAGAACUUGAACAAUGUUGGAAACUACCGUGCCUUCAAGUCUGUGCCACAUCCUUUUAGUUAUUAUGAUGAGAAAAAUGAUGACAAGGAUGACUAGUGGCACCCUACUCCAGUGCAUGAUUGCAGCAGCUAGAAAUUCAAAGCAAAAUUGUACUUUUAAUUGGAUAUGAAACAGUGAGAAAGAAGCUAAGAUGUUAACAAGUUGGCAAGAUGAACAUAGGUAUAAAAAAAUGAUUUAAUAG